GUAUAGCCGCACCCAAUGACACCGCAGUCAUCCCUUACUUGGCGCAUCGGUUACCGCUAUCACAAGCAUACUCGUAGUUAACUAAUAUAUCUGCGCAUCACACACGUCUCUUAUGACCCUGAAGUGUUGUGCUUUGAUUGUAAAAUUGAGAAAACGAAAAAUCAUAAUAUUUCCACUAACAAAUACCUCGUACCUUGUUAAGAAGCGUGUAUCAUGUAUAUGAGAGGAGCUCUUCAGAGUACAUGAAAAAAGUAUAAUUGUGUGAAACAGAAAGAAGAAGAAAAAAAAAGAAUGUGGCAAAAGAUAAUACAAUGAAAAGGAAUGUAGUGGAUAUGGGAUUAAUAUACGAAUGUAAUUUGGAUAUACGUAAUGUCGGAAACGAUACUGGCACCAAUGGCCAUUUUAGUUGUCCUCCAGAUAAGUACUGUUUGUAUUGCUGUUGCAAUCCACAAUGCUGUCUAUUGGUACAACGACGUCCGCCAAGGCCAAUUUGGGACGCAUGGUAUUUCUGGUUGGGCAUUGCACUCCUUGCAUUUUUUGUCAUCAUUUCGGUAAGCAGUUACAUCGUGAGUAGCUGCAGGCAUAAUUUGCAUAAUAUUACACUGGGUCAAAAUGUACCACAUGUUAAUGAUAAUAGGGAUGGAAAUCAUUUUCAAAAUCAUGAGAUAUCUAUUAACAUAAUAGCGACUCCUGCUCUUUUGCAUUCUCAUAGAAAAAUGUCGUUGGUUCCUCCACAGCCACCUUUUACCCAUAUGACUCCUGUGGUAGCAUGAUUCUCUUUCCAUACGGAUGAUGAUGAUCACCUCCUGGGUUCUGGAUAGGAUCUGCCUUUUUUUUUUAAUAUCAAGAUAAACCAGAUUCUAUAGGUACUACAACUUCCUGGUACCAGGGUCGAAAGGCAUUAACAUUAAAGCCAAGGGGUGCUUUAUUACAAGGGAGCCUAUGUGUUUACCAUAAAUACAUCUUUCACUUUAUCCGCGAAAUUACCUUUAAUGCAUCGGUUAAAAGACAAGCUCCUAUAUCUAUCUUGGCUAAGGAGUUUUAGCAAAGAAAAUCUAUAGUAUAAUCUCGGCAUAAGAUCAACUAUUAUGCAUACUGAUAUGCGAUAACAAAAGGAAAUCAGAAAUUUAUCAUUGUCCAACGUAACGUGUUUAUGGAUGAGAAUCUCAAGCUGAAGACAAAGCCGCAGCUGUAGCCGGCUUACCCUGCAAACAAAGCCCCGCUUAAAUAUUGUUUCAGGCUGCAACGUCGAGCGAGCUCAAGCCAGUUCCUCGUCUGUGGCAGCGUCUUAGGCCGAGAGAGACGGAGAUAGAGAUUGCCAGCGAAACUCGUUCGCGACUCCCAUUAACAAUUAAGAAGACAUGCCUGAGGCCGCGGUAGUACCAGUUAAAAAUCGAGAGUCAAGACUCGAACCGGAGAUCUGGGAGUUAAUUAAGGAGGACAAUCGAAGGGCCCGACACCGCCGCUCGACAAACAGGAUUGCGAAAUAGCUAUGAAUUAUUCUGAACGGACUGUACAUUUUGUCAGAACUCACAGAGGAGCGUACCUCGAGAUAUCUAGAUACGUUGAAAUAUUAUUUCGAGGGAAGCAUUAUUGAAUUAUUCGUUACAAAUAAAUUAGAAUAAACAUCCGGUGCUUCUUCUUUUCGCAUUAAA